AUGAGCGACAAGCCGGAUGUGCUGGUGUCGAUUGAUCUGGGCACCACCUUCACAGGUGUCGCUUGGAUGACCCCGAAGACCCCGAUCCAAGUCAUCAACGACUGGCCCGGCAGCGGCGACCGAGGCGAGCGCAAAGUCCCGACCGUCCUCACCUACAACGCGGACGGCAGCCUCUCGAAAUGGGGCUUCAUGUGCGGCGACGAGGAGGAGAGCAUGGCGGGCAAGCUGCGGCGCGAGUUCUUCAAGAUCUUCAUCGACGAGGACACGCUCGAGGCGUGGCAGCAGCGGGGGCUCCCCAACGCGCCGCGCAACGUCGCGGAGGCGGAGAGGCUGGUCACCGAUUUCCUCAGGGAGGUGUUCGACCACGUCAAGGAGUCGAUCGAGACGCAGCUCGGCAGGCGGCACACGGGCGGGUGGACGGACAUGGCCGUGACGUUCCUCUUCAGCGUGCCGACGACGUGGACCAAGAUGGAGACGAUCAACUCGUUCAAGCGGAUCAUCCACGACGCCGGGUUCGGCGCCGAGGGGGCCCGGCACUUUGCGCAGGUCGAUCUGACGGAGGCGGAGGCUGCUGCUGUCGCCACGCUGAAGACGAGCGCGGUGAAUUUCCAGAUGGGGUCUCUCUUCCUUACCGUCGAUGCCGGCGGCGGCACGACCGAUCUCGCCGUGAUGCAGAUUACGUCGACGGACACGCAGUACCCGCAGAUGUCGCAGAUAUCGGAGGUCAAGGGCGUGGGGAUCGGGGCGUCGUUGAUCGACGUGGCCUUCAUCCACCUGGUGAACAAGCGCCUGGCGGACCAUCCCGAGGUUGGACACCUGCUUCCCCGCGACUUUGCGUUCAGGAUGUCGAGGAGUCAUCACUUCAAGACGGUGAAGCAUAAGUUUGGGGAGCGAGCUUACAUGCAGCCCGUCUUCAAGAUGCAGUUGGAGGGUGUUUCGCAUGAUUUCAACCACGAGGGGCUUAGGAUCGUGGACGGGCGGAUGCUUUUUACCAUGCAGGAGAUUCAAGUGCUCUUCGACGUCCAGAUCGACGGAAUCAUGCGGUGUAUCGAGGAACAGCUGGAUAGGCUCAUCCAGAAGCAACAACCACAAGCCAUCGAAUACAUGGUGUUAUCGGGAGGAUUGGGAGGUUCAGCAUACGUUCGAGAUAGUCUGCAGGCCCAGUUCCAGAACUAUGCCCACCAGAACGCGGAAAAGGUCGCGGUGAUCCCCUGCCAAGACCCCCAACUCGUCGUCGUGCGCGGCUUGCUGCUGGACCACCAGCAAAAGAUGGAGACGGGGCGACUUUCGGUGUUGGCGACGCGCAUAGCUCGGGCCAGCUACGGCGUGGUGAUCAAGGAGGUGUACUCGCCGCAGCAGCACUUUAACGAGGAUAUCCAGGACGACGCUUUUGAUCCGAAGAAGAAAUGGGCCGUCAACCAGAUCCGGUGGCUCAUCAAGAAGGGAGACACGGUCAACCCGAACUCGCCGUUGGUGCAUUCUCUUGCGAUAUCUCUCGGGGCUGGAGAUACGAGGAGAUCAUGGGAUGCCAACAUUGUCAUUUCUCACAACGAGGCAUCGUUCCUCCCCAAGAGCUUGAAGCACGCUGGGGCAACGAAGCUUUGCGACGUCAAGAGCAACCUUACCGGAGUGCAGCAGGACCAGCUGGUGCUCAAGCACAAGCGAGGAAGUUGCUUCUCCAAGGGCACGACGUACUACAUCCUGAACUUCGAUGUGCGGGUGAUUAUCGCGCCCGCCGACAUCAGGUUUGAACUGUGGUUCGGCGGGCAGAAGUUUUCUGGCAACCACGAGCCGAUUGCCGUGAUGUGGGAUGAGAAGGGCGUGAAAGCUAACGGCAGUUCAUGA